GAGAGAAGAUGCCUGCAGAUCAUUUCCAGGUCAAGUUGGGCGGAAACUGGAAGGACUACUCCGGGAAUGAGGACAAGAUCUUGAAGCGCGCGUACCUUGCCGGUUUCCCACAUGCCAAGUACAAGCUCCGCGGUCAGCAGUACCAGGUGGACUUCUCGAGCAUGUCCCAGAAGAACAUGCGGACCGGAAAGUCUCGCGAGAUCCGCGCACCCUACAAGUGGAAGCAGCCAGCAAAGCCCAUUGUCGAGCCAGGGCCCACCUUUUGCAUCAAGGUGCCGGCUGGUGCCCCCGGCACGACUAUCCAUGUGCCCCACCCGCAGCAGAAGGGCCAGUUCAUCGCCGUGAACGUGCCGGCAACAGCCAAGGUGGGCGCAGCCAUGCUGGUGCCCAUCCCCAAGGAUGCGGACCUGCCCAAGCCUGUGGCGGACCCAACGCCCUCAGCACCACCAGCCGACCCAGCAGCACCUGCCCCUACCACAGAGGAGAAGAAGAGCGGCGGAUGGAGCACUGGGGCCAAGGUGGCUGCCGGCACUGCUGGUGUCGUUGCCGUAGGCGGUUUGGCUGUGGCUGGCGCCGUUCUGGGCGAGCACAUCAUGGAGGAGGGCUGGGAUGCCACUAUGGCAGAGCUUGGUGAUGUCGCCGCAGACGCGGGAGAUGCCAUCGCAGGUGCUGCCGAGGAUGUUGGCGAGGCCGUCGCGGGCGCCGCUGAGGAUGCAGGAGAGUGGAUCGCCGGGGCCGCCGAGGACGUGGGCGACUUCGUCAUGGACCUGUUCUAA